AUGCCUCCUAAGGACAAAAAGCAUAGUUGUCUUAGUGUAUCUUUGGAUAUAGUCAGCAACCUACCAGGGGAUAUAAUUGAUGCCAUUCUGGUGCGUUUACCUUUACGAGAUGUCGUAAGGACAAGCAUCUUAUCAAAAAAAUGGAGAUAUAAAUGGUGCAAACUUCCAGAGUUGGCCCUUGAUCUAAUAACUAUGGAGAGUAGGACAGACAUUGUCGACCACCUUUUGACCCUUCAUUCAGGACCAAUAACUAAGUUUACCCUCUACUUUAUUCCUUAUAUGAUACCUGGUUCUACAAUUGAUAACUUGAUAUAUUUUCUUUCUAGGAAUGGCAUUCAACAUCUUGUUCUUAGACUUCCGUGGGGUAGUGAACCAUACAAAUUGCCUUCUUCAUUUUUCACAUGUUUGCAGUUGAGGCAUCUAGCUCUCCAAAUGUGCUCAAUAGAGCUUCCUCCACCGGCCUUCAAAGGAUUUGAUAAGUUAAUUAGCCUUGAACUAUCUGGCGUCACAAUUUUUUCCAAGUUGCUUGAAUGUUUAAUCUGUAAUUGCUCAUUGCUCGAGCAAUUGGUGCUGGAAAUCUCUGAAAUUUCAAGUGUUAUUGAAAUUAAAGCUCCAAUGCUGAAAUCAUUUGAUUUCCGUGGCAGACAAUGGGAUAUUGCUAAGUUUUUUGGGUCUUUUUCUGUUGUCAAGCAUCUCCAAUUGAAAAUUGGCAGUCUUAAGUCCUUUGCGGCAGGAGCAGGUGUAGUACCAAAAAGGCUUCCCUUUGAUCUCACGUCUGUCAAAUUUCUUUACCUAUCUGGUAUAUAUCUGGAUGAAGUGGAUGUGGUCUUGUGUGCUCUUUGCCUGAUCAGAAGUAUCCCAGAUUUACAAUAUAUGGAAAUUGAGGUGUUUGAUUGUGGUGAGGAUUCUCCUGCUCUGGAAUGUCUUGAAGUGGAAGGUUUCUCAGGUGUGACAUUUAGUCGCCUCAGGGAAGUUAAUCUACAAGGUGAUCUAGCCAUAGAGCCUGGAAUCCAGCUUAUCAAGCUUCUGUUAGCCAAGUCACCUGUGUUAGUGAGAAUGCUGAUUAAGCCCUCGAUACAUUAUGAUAAUCGCUCGCAACUAGAUGAGUUUCUUUACCGAACAGAUGAAAUGGUCAAUGUGGUAAGAGAAUUUAGACGUGCAUCACCUAUAGCAGUAUUUGAUUAUGACAUCGAGUAUGAUCCUGAUUGCUACAUGUACUGA